CAAUUCAGCCAGCCAACGCCACACCUUUUGGCUGGAAGUUAUAUUUUGCGAUAUGAUUUGAGGAUUAAUUCGGCGUCCUCUUAUCUCAGAAAUUUGACGGAUAAUUCCAAACCCAUAUGUGAUCCAAACCCUCUUCUUUCGUGCCAAGAUGUCCUAUCUGUACCAAGUUCAGGAGAUCUUGGGUUCUAUGCAUUGUCAGCCAAAGAGUGUGUAGACGACUGCCUGGUCAGUCCACUCAGUGUUUCUUCUUCAGGGAGCUCGGAUACAGAGGCCUUCUCUCUCAUAGUCAAGUGUUGUGUAGGUGGUGGGUUGUGCAUCAGGAUGGACAGCCACUGUGAAGCACACCAGGCCAACACGGUCACAAACUUGCCAAAUCCUGAGUUUCCUACCAACAAAGUGCCUGAUACCUCUACAGAUGUGGAGACCUUUGGCAUGGUGUGUGAAGCACAAAGUGAAAGGGAUGUGGACCACAAGAGUAGCAGCAGCCAGAGCAUUUUAAGUGUUGAUGACACUGCCGAAGUGGCAGCUAAUGAAACAAGUAACGUGCCAGUAUCAUCAGCUGGCCGUGAGUCCCCAGUUACAGAUGGUGGGGCGGAUGGGGCCAGAGCUGACCCAUACCUGCCUCCCCAACCUGUUAAAUCUUUGUCUGUGAUAUUCAGCUCUACGCCGUUACAUGGUCACUUCUCCACUGCUUCUCCUCACAUUAGCAGUGGAGAUGAGGAGCCCCAGGGCACCUCGGGGCCCAGCCGUCCGUCCUCGACCACUGCCCCUGGGUCCCCUGGGCUGGGGGGGUCUCUUAGAGGGAUGCCCAUCACCCCCUCUGGCCAACAAGGUGUUGUGAAAACAGUAGCAGCAUCAAGCCAGUGUUGUGUGGGUGAGGCUGAGGCUUCAUGUACCACACACGUGCUGCACAACACCUCUCAGCCUGCCCAGCAGCCAGUGGCAGCUGUGGCACAAGCUGCGGCACACACACAGGCCAGUCUCAACAUUCCUGGCUCAAUGGCCAACAAUAAUGCCAAUAGCCAACUCCAGGGUAGCAACCCUAGCUUUAACCAGGAGACAAAGCAGGCUAUAGCCAGCUUACUCCAAAUAAGUGCAACCUGCAACCAAUACGCUUCAUUUCCUACUUCAUCAAAAUUCCAGGCUGCAGGCAAGCCUGGAAAAUUUGGUUUUGCUUCCUUCCCCCAUGGCUUUAUUAAAGUUAAUAGGUGGGGCAUUCCACGUGGCUUGGGUCUCGUAGGCGGGGGAGAGAGUGCAGCCAAUGGGUGGGGCACAUCGGCCCCUCAAACGGCUGGGUGGGGUAGCUCUGGUGCCAACCAGGCCGGAUCACAAGGCCAAUGGGGAGGAGCUCCCAAUCGUGCUGGAGGAGCACCAAACACAUCCCCUGGACAAGGAGGGAGUCUCAAGCCAGCACAGCAAAAUAGUGGUCCUUCUCAGCAACCAAGUUCUCCAGCAGGUCAGCAGAACACACAGACAGGAGGAACAGGAGGGCAGCAGGGACCAGCAGGAGUCAACAAUCAACAACAGACUCAACAGGGCAACAGCGGACAAGGAGGCAAUAGUAAUAAUACUUGGGCACAAGCUGCAGGGAAAGGUCUUCCAGCUGGUAGUGGGUCGGGGGAUGCUCAAAAACGUCACAUGGAGCAGCAACUGCAGAGUAUCAGGGAAGCUUUGCUCAGCAGUGAAGGCUGGGGUGGGGAAAAUGUCAACCAGGAGACAACGUGGGACCUUCCAGGAUCGCCCGAACCUUGCAAAGAUGCUAAUGCUCCUCAUCUGAAACUUAAUGUCAAUAAUGGAUGUGACUUAUGGGAAAACAACUUGAGAAAUGGAGGUGCAGCCCCUCCAAAGACUCAGCAAGCUCCAUGGGGCCAUACUCCAGCCACAAACUAUGGUGGAACCUGGGGUGAGGAUGAUGAUGCCACAGAUUCAUCCAAUGUGUGGACAGGUGUUCCCUCCAACAAUCCACAGUGGGGUGCUAAUACUCCAAACCCACCCAACAUGUGGGGGGGAGGGGCACCACCAAAGAAAAAUAGCGAAUGGGCUGCAGGAGGCAGCGGUACCGGAGGAGGAAAUACACAAAGUGGCUGGGGAGACCAUGGCCCUCAAAGGUCAGGUGUGGAAAAUCCACCAAGCGAAUGGGGACCAGGAGGCCCUCACAAACCUGGCCCACAUGUUGGUCCACAUGCAGGACCUCACAGCCACAGUGGACCACAUAGUGGUCCAAACAGUGGUCCUCACAGUGGAUCUCAUGGUGGUCUACAUAGUGGCCAUCAUGUUGGCCCUCAUAGUGGCCCUCACAACACUCCUCAUGGUGCACCUCAUAAUGGACCUCAUAGUGGAUCUCACACUGGACCCCAUGGACCUCAUGGCCCACAUAAUGGACCACAUGGUGUUCCGCAUGGGGCCCCUCAUGGUAACCUUACUCACAGUGGUCCACCUGGUGGUCCUGGAGGACCAACACAAUGGAAUGGUCCAAAAGAUAUGAAGCCAAGUGGGCCAGUUGGUGCACCAAGUGGAUGGGAGGAGCCUUCUCCACCAACACAGCGGCGUGAUGACGGAACAGCCGUUUGGGGUAACCCACAGCAACAGGCUAAUGUGUCCCGGUGGAAGGAAAUGCCCAACCCGAACAUGAUGGGCAGACCCAACAUGCCAGGGCCUCAACAAGGCCGCAUGCCAGGACCACCAGUUCCACCGGGAAUAAAGCCAGAUCAGCGCAUGUGGGGACAACAUGGGAGAAAUGGCAGCUGGAGUGACCCCCCUCACGAUACGGGUAGUGGCAUGUGGGGGGAGGAGCCGAAGUCAGGUGGUUGGGGAGAACCACCAAUCACAUCCCCAUCUUGGGGAACAAAACCGAAGACUCCAACUGGUGGUCCGGUUGGGCCUGGUUGGGGAGAAACAGAUAUGGAGCUGCAAGGCUGGGGACACCAAAAUAAGAUGACUGGUUUCCCUCCUCUGCUUGAUCUCAGAUCUCCCAAAACUCUCAUUCCUGAGUCCCACUUCCCAUUUGCUGUUCCUAAGGGUCUGUCAAAAGAAAUAAUCUACAACAGCAAGCAAUUUCGUACACUCCUGGAGAUGGGUUUUAAGAAGGAAGAUAUUGAAGCUGCUCUUCGUAACAAUAACAUGGGCCUGGAUGACACCUUGAUGGAGCUCAGCAACCGUGGCAUAGCAGGCAUGGGGGGAAGUAGUGCAGGGGAUGCUUGGCGUAACCCACCUCUGGAGGAGCAUGCUCCCUUUGACCUCACCAACCCCAACUUCCAGCAACGCUUUCCACCAACACUACACCACUUGCCCUUCACCAAUCAGCAGGGUAGCUCUGGCAAUUCUCCACAUGUACGUGCUCUGAUGCAGCACAUCCAGAUGGCAGUGCAGGCGGGCUACCUCAACCCCCAGAUCCUGAACCAGCCUCUAGCACCUUCUACCCUCAUGCUUCUCAACAACAUGCUCUCCCAUAUCAACAUGCUUCAGAAAUUCACGCAGCAGCAGGCCAUAUGGCAGGCACAGGCUCACAUUAACAAGAACUCGUCACAGACUCUACUUUCGCUCAACGUCAGUAUUACCAAGACCAAACAGCAGAUCCAGAAUCUCCAGAAUCAGAUAGCUGCUCAGCAAGCUCUCUAUGUUAAUCAACUCUCACAUGACUGGCGGUCCCCCAGGCACCCAGAAUGAUUUCUUCAACAAGCCCAGUCUUCCAGAUCAGCUGUGUAGUAGCUUUGAUUUCCUGGCAGUCAACAACAAUCCAGCUAUUAUCAAUGUUGGGCAACAACAGGGAAGCCGCUUGCACCAGUGGAAGUUGCCAUCCCUGGAAAAUGAUGAACCUGACUUCAUUCGAGCACCUGGGGCUCCGGGAAAGCCUUCUAUGCCUCAGUCUCAGUCAUCACCAAACCUGACACCUCUGCUCGGACCCUCUAACAGCACGUGGUCUCUGAACCGGACUUCCGAGUCUGGUUGGCCUGAAAGCAGCAGCGGAGGAAGUGUGGAUGUUGCUAACAAUCCCGGUGUAGAAAAGGUGGUGCCAAAUAUGGAUUCUCGGUGGGUCGCUUCGUCGCAAGCCAACGCGUCAGGGUCUUAUGGCCUUGAUAUCAAGCCAUUUGAACCAGGGAAACCAUGGAUGAUGAAAAACAUCGAAGACGACCCUAACAUUACCCCUGGCUCUGUGACACAGUCUCCUCUGGCCUUGGGAAUAAAGGAAUCGGUCGACUUGUUAUCCUCAAUCAGCAAGACUUCCACCACUAACACUGCUUCAGACAUGGCUGGACCUCUUACCUCUUUCUCCCUCACGUCGAACACCUGGAGCUUCAAUCCCGGACCCGGCCACCACGCCGCAAACUCUCCGUUGUCAGGGGACAACAAGUUGAGCAGUGGGACCAAUGGCAAAAGUGGGUCAGCUUGGAAUGAAUCUAGCCAAGGUGGAAGUAAUAACCUGGCUUCAGAACUCUGGGGAGCUCCAGGGAACAAGCUGCGGGGACCACCACCAGGAAUGAGUGUAGGAAGCAGUAACAACAAGAUUGGUGUAGGGGUCAGUGGAGGGUCAUGGGGUGCCCUUGGCAGAUCCACAUCAUGGUCAGGGGAGCAGCAGAGGAACCCCCCAAGUAGUGCCUUACAUUCUGCUGCAGUUGUAGCUGCCCCAGGAGCCUGGACCAACUCCCAGCUCCCCUCCCAGCUGCCCUCCACCUGGCUAAUCCUUAGGAACCUUACACCUCAGAUUGAUGGUUCCACCCUGAAGACACUGUGCAUGCAGCACGGGCCGCUGGUCAACUUCUACCUAUCUCUCAACCACGGCUUUGCUCUCGUCAACUACGGCUCACGAGAGGAGGCUGCCAAGGCACAAGGAAAUCUCAACAAUUGCCUGCUGAGCAAUACGACGAUCUUGGCAGAAUUUGCCAAUGACAGCGAAGUGAAGCAAGUGAUGGGACAGCCCACCCACCAAGGCCAGGCUGCCCCACCCACACCAGGCCCAACUAACGCCUCCAGUUGGGGAGGGUCUGGACGUGGCUCCACACCAACUUCCCAGUCUUCUGGGGGUUCGAAGGUGGACUCCUGGGGAAAUGGAAACAGCUCCAACCUCUGGAGUAGUGGCCCAGGAGGUAGCUCCUCUCUGUGGAGUGGAGCCAACAUAGGGGAGGGAGACCCACACCGUGCCACACCUUCCUCACUUAAGCCCUACUUGCCCGAUGGCCUUCUCACCUCUGAGUCCAUGUAAGGGAGGAGAGGAGGUAAGUGCCAUGGCCCCCCUCCCAUUU